GGUGGUUGGGGGGGAGAAGGAAGAAGAAGGGGAGGAGGUGGAGUAGAGGAAGAGGGAGGGUGGAGGAAAGGUUGGUGGACAGGUGGAGGGUCAGUGUGUUGGGCAGAGCGUCGCCGAGCACUUCCUUUCCGCCACGACUCUACCACCACCACCACCACUACUUCCACCACAACAACAAUAACAACAACAACAACAACAAUAACAACAGUAACAAUCACCAUUGCAUCAUUACACGACCCACGCUGCACACACUAACUACAGGCCACGCUCCCUCACCACCACCACCACCACCACCACCACACCACCACUCCACCACAACCACGCCUCCAUCUGCAGCUCUGCCUUCUCGACGCUCACUUUUGCCCCGCCAAGACCAUGUUGCGGCCGCCGACCCAGCCAGAGACUCAGGCCCAGCGAAUAGCCAUCCCCUGCUGAGGCUUAGUGUUGUCUCAAGCCCCGCAGACAGCCUGCUCAACGCGAUCCCUGAGCGACAUGAAGACAGGCUGGAAAGGAAAGGUGAUCAGCGAGACGAAAAAUCAUGUUCCUCUGAGGUCUUCGGGGAGAGAGAGAGGCGGAGGAGUGGGGGACGUCUUAAGAGCACCGGCCUUGCGAGCGUGUGCCAAGUGCGGCGGGAGAAGCCCUGGAGAGCCUCACCUUUGAGCCUCUCCUAUGCGAACAUUCGACCCGCUAAUCGCCUUACUAGUAUGUACAGACCGAGUCGUACCGUGAGUUUGGUGUGGGCGUGGGUGUGGGCGUGGUGUGGAGUGCCGGCGGGCGUGUUAGGGGCCGCUGCUAUCCCGCCGGGGCUGACCACAGAGGCACACAUCUUCACGGGCCCCACUACCACCACGCCCCCGCCUCCCGCGCCCCCUGAGGACUUUACUGUCACGUACAAGGAUGUGUUCGCCUCCUUCGUGCACCUUACCUUCAGCUACAACGCCACAUUCAACCUCACCAAAGUGACGGUGAUUUACAAGGAUCCUCACGACUCCAGCCGCCACUACAUCACCCUCAAGACAGUGGCGAACGGUGGCGACUUCGAUCCCACCUCUCUAUACGAGCCAGCGUCGGGCCGCCUCGGCUUCGAGUUCCGCCUCGGGGGUCUGUACCGGCUGCGGCGCUACAACCUGAGGGCUGACGGGUACCGAGGCCGCACCCACAUGGUCGGCACCAGCUUCACUUUCCUCACCGGGGAAGAUGACGGCGAGGACAAGCUGUACAACCUUCAGGGCAUCUUCCUUGUGCUGGGAAUCUCGACAAUCAUCAUGGUGGUAGUGAUGGUCUGCGUUGGCUACGAGAAACUCAUCCACGAGAAGAAGGACGAGUGCUGCCGCGUCAUGUGCUGCCGCCGAGGAAGCAAGAAGCCGCCGCCUAAAUCCUCAAUAUCCCCCGAACCUUUAGUAGUGAGGGAUAACAGAGGCGAUUUAGAUGACAACUCCAACCCUAGGUAUUGAGUUCCCGCCCAUUGCGAGUACAUACCCCCCGCUGCUCUUUCCCACACCAAAAUUCUGCAAGUCUCCAUAGCCUCUGGGAUGGUGAGGGAGAGCAGAGGUGACUUACAGGAUAACUUGUAACUCAAAGUAUUGAAUUUCCUCGGGUCUGCCUUCCUACCGUCCUCCCACGGUCUUGUAAAGCUGCCACCCUUACCCACCCUAUUCUUCAUCCUCCUGGUUAUCCCUCGAGCCCUUCUCCUCUUACACUGUUAUACUUCUUCUACAACCUAUCUUCCUCCGUCUCUCACUCCUUCUUCUAGGGUAGCUCGGUACAGUGCUCGGUUCAGACUUAAAAGUUGCGAGUUUGAUACUGUCUCACACCAGUUUCUCGUUGGGAGAGGUAGGGCUCUUUCGUAACCCCAACCGGUGCUCCAUAUGACCUCAUUGUUGCUGCGUUAUAUCACAGUCAGUUUUCAGUACCCGUUUUUCAGCCUCGUCCUUGAUACCAGAUGAUUAUGUUCCUCCGUUCUCCACGCCUCCAUCCUCCUUCGACACUCCCUCGUUCUGUUCCUGAGUCACUCGUCCAAGGACACCGCCUUAAUUAACCCGAGUGAUGGACACCAGGUGAUCCUAUCGUUGGGGAGUUACGAAGUCAUUCACCAUCUCUUGCCUUAUCCUGCGUCUCGUCUCGCUCCUCCUGCGGCUAUUCAUAGUUGUCAAGGGAAGGAAAAACCAGAGAGAGUUGAGUCUCUUAUUUAUUUUAUAGUCUUGGUGUCAGAUCGUGUUUUUGUAUUAUCUUAUUUAUCGCGUGUGUGGUUGACUUGGCUUAUUGAAUAUUUGAGACUUUGGUUUGGCGUGUGUGUGUGUGUGUGUGUGUGUGUGUGUGUGUGUGUGAGAGAGAGAGAGAGAGAGAGAGAGAGAGAGAGAGAGAGAGAGAGAGAGAGAGAGAGAGAGAGAGAGAGAGAGAGAGAGUAAA